AUGCUGGUUUUCAGGGCAUCCAGCAGCCCGUCAUCCACUAAAACCCCGGUCGCCCUCUCCCCAGCCUCCUUGUGCCGCUUUCAUUGGCCCACCGUCAGCGAAUUUCCCCUUGACAUCUUGUCCCUUUGUUGCUUCUUUUCUUUCUUUUCUCCUUGGACUAUUAUCAACGACUCGAGCAAUUCCUUUGCCCGCUGCCACUCGAUCAUCCACUGCGACGAGUCCGAAACCGACGACGACCUUACAGAUAUCAUCGCCUCCAACCCAUCACACUCUCUUAGCAUUGCCGAGAAGAGCUUAGCAACAUCCCGCAAUCGUCGCAUUCCUUCAUUCUCUGUUUCGGGCUCCGUCUUCCACCACCGCCGGCUCCGUGCACUGCCCGUUAGCGCUCAGCCUCAACCAGGACUUCAGCAUCAAAGACAUAUUCAACAAAUCGGUCGCGACUCCAGUCUUAUCGAUCACGCCUCUACUCACGUUUCCCGCGGUCGUCUUGGCGGCCGUGCCGACAACCUGUUUCCGACGGAUUCCCUACUCUCCCGCUCACCCUCCAACCCCGUAUCGGCCGCCUUAGAUGCUCCGGGCAACACUCUGAUCUUGAGCCUUGAUCACUCACAAUCCGCCUAUCCCAGAACCGGCUCAUCUUCUGGUCGAGCUGCCGCUUUGAACCCUCGGCAGCAACAAAGUCGAACAGCCGACGGUCGUCAACCAUCCGCGUUCCAUCCUUCGCCCUUUCGACCUCAAAAGGCUGCUGGAGCUGCGCAUCGCGCCCGUCGUCUGUCAGCCGCUCGUCUCUGGAAUCCUACCAACUCGACUCCUCGGCCUCACACCAAGCCCGACUCGUCGCGCAAACGCCGUCCCUCGACCCCUCCUCCACCAUCCAUUCCGCUACUGCAUCCUACCUUCGACCACCGAGCACCCCCUGAUUCCCUAGGCGCCGGUCCCAGCGAUUACCCUCUUCUUACACUCUCCGAGCAGCAUCAAAUAAAGCAUUCGUUAUCGCCUCGUGCGAGUCUUCAAGUCGACAGGGCAGGAAGCAGUGACCGACGAAUAAGCCUACCGAAUUCGGUGCGUGCGUCUUACGACGAAAAGGGAUCGCGACAAGGUGCAGUAUCGGCUGAAGAGUACCGUCUCAGUCGGGACCUUUUGGCCCAAGGUUCUGUUGUGGAAGAUCCGGUCGUCAAGAUCGAUAAGGGCAAAGGGAAGGCUGUAAUGAUGGCUGAAAACACUGAUCCUAUGCCAUCAUACGGUACGGACUUGGAGCGUGGUCCAGAUAUUAUGGACCCUAGAAUGUCCAAUGUAUCGGCUGGUGAUGGAAUUGGAUCUGCCUUGUCAACGACAAACUCUUCUAUUAUGGGCGAAGAGGUCGAGCCGGAUGCAGCUGGUGAAUGGGGCCCUCAGCAUCCCUGCUAUCCACAUCUAAACCCUCAUGUACCUGUCGAUUCGCCAGAAUACACCAACACACGGAUCAUCCGAAUACGUCGCGACUGGUUGAUCAAAGGCGACCUGGCGCCCACAUUUUCAAAUCUCUAUCCCGAGAUCCUAGACCCCGCUGGCUUAUCCGAACAAGAAUUCCGUCGUAUUAUUGAGAAGCUCAAUGGAGAGUUGAUUCCCGCCUUCGAUCCGUACAGCGCGAGGAAUAUUAUCGACAGUCUGCUUGGGCUUGUCACAGGUUGGGUCUGGGAUGACAUGGGUCUCACUGGCGCCAAAUCCAGACUGAAUAACCUUGAGAAGUGGAUAGAGCAAUGGAAUUGUGAGAUGGAAAAGACCAUGGGCGCUGAGGAUGGUGUUAUGCCACCCAAGAUCAUGCCUCUACGUCAAACAGGUUACAUGACACUCGACAUUCAAAUCCCCGAUCCUGAGAUUAUGCCAGCCCCCAGCACUGCCAACCCCAACGAAUCGAGGACAGCCUUACCUAUGACACCUUCGUCCGCUAUUGUUGCCUGA